UAGAUCGCAUCAACGGCGUUUCCGGACCAAGUUUUUUUUUCAAAGAAAAUUUAGCCAACUUCCUCAUGCAGAUAAAUUGCGGAACAUGCAAGAUGUUUGUUUUGUAGUCAUGAAAAACCAACUACUUGUGGCUGUGUUCGUGUGUUCGAAGCGAUCCUAAAGAAAAAAAAGUCAUUGCAACGUUCCUUGGCCCCAGCUAAAGGUUCCAGAUGAGUGAAUUUGCCUGAAAGUAAUUUGCACAGCGCUCUGCUGUGUGUGUGUUUGCGACGAGUAAGCUGGACACCGAUCCAAUUUCCUUUCAUCGUUCCGAGUUGUUGAAAAACUAAAAGGAGUUCUGGGGUUGGGGAGGGUGGUAAGGGGAGGGUGGAAGGGGCUGAGAGAGGCGAAGAUGUCCUGGAAUAAAGAUGAUUUGGAUUCUAUGUCGGAGCCGGAGAAGAGUCAGCUGAAAAGGACCUUGGAGUUGGGCGCCGUGAUGACAGUAUUCAGCCUGAAGAAGUCCCAACCCGAGAGGAGAACACUGCAGGUGAUCAUGGAGACUCAGCAACUGUCCUGGAACAGGACAGCAGACAAGAUCGAGGGAGUCCUUGAUCUGCAAGAGAUUAAGGAAAUCCGCCUUGGGAAGAACUCGAAGGACUUUGAACAGAUUUCAAAAGAGCAGAAGGACAAAUACAGCGAUGAUAUCUGUUUCACAGUAUUCUACGGUACUGACUUUGUGCUCAACAAUCUCAGUUUGGCAGCCAAUUCAAAAGAAGAAGCUUCCAAAUGGUUAAAGGGACUGGAAAUUCUGUACAAAGAGAGUCAAACUGCACCGACCCCAUUACGAAUAGAAAGUUGGCUGAGGAAACAGUUUUAUUCAGUGGACUGGACAAGAAGAAAUAGCAUCUCCCUCAAGGAGCUGAAGAUCAUGCUACCUCAAGUAAACUGCAGAGUGCCGAAUGUGAAGUUCCUUAAGGACAAGAUGGGGGACAUGGGAAACUCCAAGGAUGACUUGAGCUUUGAGCAGUUUCACCAAUUCUACAAGAACCUAAUGUUUGAAAGCCAGAAAGUAAUUCUCGAAAGCCUUAAAAUCGAAGGAUCUGUAUGCAUCCUUGGAAAAACAGAUCGGGCCACUGCCUCAGUUUUGUACCUGCAUGAUUUCCAACGGUUUCUACUCCAUGAACAGAAGGAAUCAUGGGCCAGUGAUGUUAAAAAGGUUCGGGAGCUGAUGACUAAGUCGAUAUAUGAUACUUACAGAGAAACAAAUGAACCCUUCUUCUAUAUUGAUGAGUUUUUGACCUACUUGUUUUCAAGAGAAAAUACCAUCUGGGAUACCAAGUAUGAUUCUAUUUGUCCCCAGGACAUGAACAACCCAUUGUCACAUUAUUGGAUCUCAUCAUCACAUAACACAUACCUCACAGGAGACCAGGUCCGUAGUGAUUCAUCGACAGAAGCCUAUGCCAGAUGUCUAAGAAUGGGGUGUCGAUGUAUUGAGUUGGAUUGCUGGGAUGGACCAGAUGGGAAGCCAAUUAUUUAUCACGGUUGGACACUUACAUCCAAAAUCAAGUUCGAUGAUGUUGUUGAUGCCAUCAAAGCCCAUGCAUUUGUUACAUCAGAGUACCCAGUUAUACUUUCAAUUGAAGAACACUGUACAGUUGAGCAGCAGCGACAUAUGGCCACCAAGUUCAAGGAAACAUUUGGCUCUGCGCUUAUCACCAAACCUAUUGAAGCAAAUGCUGAACAGUUGCCAUCUCCAGCACAGCUUACCAAUAAAAUUAUUAUUAAGCACAAAAAAUUGGAAUCUCAGCAAGAGAAUUGUACGUCUACUGUUUAUACAUCCUUCAAGGAACUUGAAAAGAAAUCUGGGUUUCUUUAUCUCCUGGAUCCAAUUGAUCUGGCCUGGUACAAGCAUUAUUGUGUGAUAGUAGAUGGAAAGCUUUAUUUUGCAGAUUCAACAGAUGAAGAUGAUGAAUUUUCUAGAACAAGAAACCAGGCAUUAAAUAGCAUGGAUCGUCAUUUUAAUGAGAAAUGGUUUCAUGGGAAAAUGGGGAAAGACGGCAGACAGAGGGCGGAGAAGCUGCUCCAGGAGUUUUGUAUGGAAACAGGAGGAAGAGAUGGAACUUUCUUGGUCCGUGAGAGUGACACAUUCCCUGGAGAUUUCACGUUGUCAUUUUGGAGAAAUGGAAGAGUCCAGCACUGUCGCAUUCGUUCUUGCACAGACGGAGAGAGCAAUAAGUAUUUCUUGACUGAUAAUUUAACUUUCAACAACGUAUAUGAUCUCGUUCAACACUAUCAGAACGCACCUUUACGAUGCAGUGAAUUUGAAUUACGUUUAACUGAAGCAGUACCGAGCCCAAAUCCUCAUGAAUCGCAAGAAUGGUACUAUAAAAAUCUAAGUCGAGGAGAAGCGGAGGACAUGCUUAUGAGGAUACCUAGAGAUGGAGCCUUUUUGGUUCGAAAGCGAGAUGAACCCAAUUCAUAUGCCAUUACCUUUAGAGCUGAAAGUAAGGUUAAACAUUGCCGCAUUAACUAUGAAGAAGGAAAGUACAUACUGGGGACCUCAGCAGAGUUUGACAGCCUGGUGGAGCUUAUCAAUUAUCAUAAGAAACACCCAUUAUAUCGGAAAAUGAAACUGCGCUACCCAGUCACGGAAAAGAUGCUGGAGCGUUACAAUGUGGAAAAAGACUAUGGCAGUCUCUACGGCAUAAAUUAUGUGGACCCAAAUGAACUGGCACCUAUUCAGGGUUCAGUGAAAGCUUUAUAUCAAUACCAGAGUCAACAACAAGAUGAAUUGUCUUUUCCUCGAGGUGCCAUCAUCCACAAUGUCAAAAAACAUGAUCAAGGAUGGUGGAAAGGAGAUUACGGAGACCAAAUACAAAAGUAUUUUCCAGCCAAUUAUGUGGAAGAAAUACCUGCUGAAAGCCAGGAAGAAUUUAGCAACCAGAUAACAGAAGAUAACCCCCUAGGAGUAAUAUGCAGAGGAAUUGUGGAACUAGCCAAGUGUUCAGUCGUCAAACAGACAAAUGGGAAGCUGGGAAUGGCAUUCAUGUUUACUAUUCAACCAAAAGUGCCCCCGGAUGCACCACCUCUUGAUGUUGCUACAAAUUCAUUGGAAGAAAUGUUUUCAUGGUACCAUGAAGUGGUACAGUGCUCUCAGAAAAAGCUCGUACAGGAGAAGAAUCAAAAUGAAAUGGAGAAGAAACAACAGAUUGCCAAAGAAUUAUCUGAUUUAGUUGUUUAUUGCAGACCAGCCAAGUCUCGAGAAUUUUUUCCAAAUGCAAAAGACAACAUUGAUUACAAAGAAAUCAGAUCAUUUGCAGAGAACAAGGUGGAUACCAUCCUCAAACAAAAGUCAAAAGAGUUUCGAGAAUAUAACCGCAAGCAACUCUCCAGAAUUUACCCCAAAGGUCAACGCAUUGAUUCUUCAAACUAUGACCCAAUUGUCCUCUGGCAACAUGGAUCCCAAAUGGCAGCCCUAAAUUUUCAAACACCAGAUAAACCAAUGCAACUGAAUCAAGCUUUGUUUUGUAUGAAUGGAAGAACUGGUUAUGUGCUGCAGCCUGAAUCUCUGAGGAGUGACAACUCAAUACAGCACCGACCAUUUUCUGUGAAAAUUAAACUUCUUGGUGCCCGUCAUCUACCCAAACCUUGCAGGAGUAUAGUUUGUCCUUUUGUAGAAGUAGAAUUGUGUGGAGCUGAGAAUGAGAAUAAGAAGUUCAAAACAGUAGUGAUAAAUGAUAAUGGUCUUAAUCCAGUUUGGUGUGGAGCAGAAGACGCUAAUGAGGAAUUUGUCAUUCGAGAUCCCUCUUUAGCUUUUCUCAGAUUGGUCGUGUAUGAAGAGGAUAUGUUCAGUGAUCCUAACUUCUUAGCUCAUGCCACUUUUCCUGUCAAAGGAAUUAAAACUGGGUAUCGAUCAGUUCCCCUUAAAAAUGGUUACAAUGAAGACAUAGAAUUGGCAGCUCUGCUUAUCCAGUGUGAAGUGAACCAAUUAGAGGAAGGUGAAGAGGAACUCUACUCCUCCCAUCAGCAACUUCAGCAGCGGCCAUUUGAAAGUUUAUAUGACAGUGCCCUAAAAAGACAACGGACUUUAGAUGGGUUAUACAGCACCAGUGCACCUCGUCAGCGACAAUUUGACCCAAUACUAUAUGAUUCUAACACAAUACAAACUGGAAGGGGUGGAGGUCAGAGAGAUCAGCUGCCAGAAGUUCCAAAGAGGAGAGGCAAAGACAAGGAAAAGAGACCUCCCAACAGCAGCAAGUUUUAUACAUGAAAGAAGAAUGCCUUUAUCACCCAUCCAUGAUGCCAACAUCAAUGUCAUGAAAACCAAUUAAAAUCAGUGAUCACUGUAAAGUAUGGGAUCAGCAAAUUUUGAAAUGAAUGCAUUCAGUAAAAUUAUUGCAUUGUACCCAUUAUUAUUUUUGUCAGGUAAUUAAGAUCAUGAUGUAAAGUGAAAAACAUUGAGUACCUUCCAGCUUUCGUAAACCUCUUUUUCUCUCUUGAUUAAAUAGUCUAUUGACACAAGUGCCUUUCUAAGAAAUCUAUUCUCCAAACAGUCAAUCAAUUAUAAUAUAUCGCACGCCAUGUUAAAGAAAACCUUGUGGGAUUCAGUGUAACUGUAAAAUCAAAUAGAAUGCAAUUCUAUCCCCUUGUGACAUGGUCUCUGUUCCUUCAGAUCAAUGUCAAUCUUUUGCAAAGCUGAGUGCAUUUAUCAAAUUUCAACUUCGGUAACAAUAAAUAAGAAGGUAGGACACAUGACAUUAAAGUUAUUCCUAAAACCAGUGAGAUUUAACUAAUAAAGAAAAAUGAACCAUGUUGUUUCAUUGAAAUCUGCCAAGAAUGUAGACUAACUUGACCACAGAGUGCAUCUUGCAGCCAGUUCACAAAGAAAAAGAGCAUGUUUUACUUUUGCCAGUUUGAAAGCGGUCAGUGUCAAGAUGGAGGACUUGCAGCAUGUGAGUUUAGAUGCUGAUUGAAAAUGAAAAUUCAUAGAAGGUAUGAUGCAGAGGAAUAACAAUUCUGUAACUGCUAAAACCAUGCUUUUAUUAUCUAAUGUUAUCUAACCGUUAAUAUUUAUUCAACUUCAAAACAUUAAACAGAUAGUUAGUCCUUUAGCUACUGCUAAAAUAUCCUGUUAAUUUAAUAUAGAUAGUGACAUGAAUGCAGCUUGUGGUGUAUUUUCUGAUAAAUAUUAUAAUAAUUUUCUAUAAAAAGCCUACUAUUAUUAACUGAAAGCCCAUUUGGAGUUCGUCCUGCCAUCUUGGAAUUGAAUGUAUCAGAAAAAAAGAAAAUAGCAAGUAAAUUGCAAUGCUGGUUUUACAUAACUUUUUCUUGUCCUCAGCACUGGUUUGUCUCCUUCUACAAGCCUUUGUGACAGGUCUAAAUACAAAAGGCUGUGCAAACCGUUGGGUUUAUGUACUCUGUGACUAGUAUUUGUUAGGCCAGUAAGGGAAAUUACUGGUCACAAUUUUGAGAAAACUAGAUCUUCAAUGGGAUCUUCGGCCAUAAAAAGGAAAAUUAUUUUCAGGAUAAAAGUAAGAACAAAUCACUGUCGGGAAUGAAUUGCUACAGUCUCUGUUUAUGGUGUCAUCAGAAAUACAUCAAUUUUACAGUCAUUAAAAUCAACUUACACAUGAAAGUUUUUUUUCCAUAAUAUAUAUUUAUGGCAUUACUUUGAGUAUAACUAAAAUGCUUUACUUUAUUUGCUCUACAUAUAUUUUACAAAUAAUUGUGAUGUAAUUUUGGGCUGUAGUUUAGUCCACUUGAAAUGUAAAUUGUUGUAAUGAAAUCCCAUCAAAGUAGUGGAAGAUAUUACGUCUGAGGAAUUCAUAUAUAUUUAGAAUCCAUGUUGGCUUGUUACUACCAUGGUUUUUUUGUUUAUUUUUCACAUGACAAUCAAAAUUAUCAAACAUGUGGCAUUUAAAGGGUGAUGGUUUGGGAUGAGUAGUGCGAAAUUCUGCCUUUCAAUACUGACAUAUAAAGUUUGCUAAGUUGAUGUGUGAGUCAGAGUGUUGUUUUAUUGUUCUAAGCUAAAUUCAAUGUUAAGAAUGCAAAGCUUUGUGUACCUUUUCCUAUAAUGCACCAGAAGCCUGCCAUUUUAUUUCUCAGAAAUGCAGAAGUCAAUGUUAAACAUCAAAUGGACAAUGCAAUAUAUAUUUUCUUUGUACAUUGUUCGAAAUCUGUUUGGCAAAUAAUGUCAAUAUUUUUAACUCUUCUGUUGAAUUCUAGCAUUUCAAAAAUUGAACUAAGAAUCAGACCCUAUUUAUUAAUUUUGAUUUUAGUAAUACGAAUGAAUAAUAUUUGAUAGAUUUUUUUCCCCUUUUCAGUCUGAAUUUUCAAAAUGCUGCGUGUUUUCACCAUUUUCUCUGAAAUUGAUCUAAAAAAGGUUGCAGUUGUUUUCCUCAGUUUCAAUUUGAGUAAAUGUUAAGGUCCUGAUCUAUUGAAAUGUUUCUCUGAACUAUUAAUCAAUUUAGUUAGUGAGGAAAUGGCUCACAUUAUGCAAAGUGCACUCAGGGAAACAAAGCUAUUUAAUUGAUUAACCAACUUGCACUGUAAAUAGGUGAAAUAUUAUCCUGUUGCACAUUAGAGCCAUUUUACAAACUCUGAUGUAUGACAAAAGAAAACUACAAUUCUGGAAACCUGAAGGAAACAGUAAAUGCUGGAAACACACAGCAGGCCAGUCAAUAUGUAAUGAAGGAUACAUGUCACGCAUUGCAUAAUUUGUUUUUUCUCUUAAUAAAUAUUAUUCUAGAGUAUAUUUCCACUAUUUUCUGUAUUUCAAUCCAAAUCCAAUGCUUUCCAGUGUUGUGCAGGUUUUAAGUGAAACCCAUUAAAAUGUUUUAAGAAUGCAGUUGAGGCAUUUAAA